UGGGUGCGGCCCGCGGGCCGGAACACGGGCGUGCAGGUGUACAACAGCCGCACCGGGAGGAAGGACCCUCUGGUGGUGGCGCGCGCGGAGGCCGCCUCCUGGUAUAGCUGUGGACCGACUGUGUACGAUCACGCGCACCUUGGCCAUGCUUGCUCCUAUGUUAGAUUUGAUAUAAUUCGCAGAAUCCUAACUAAGGUUUUUGGAUGCGACAUAGUCAUGGUGAUGGGUAUUACAGACGUGGAUGAUAAAAUAAUCAAAAGAGCCAAUGAGAUGAGUAUUUCACCCGCUUCUCUCGCCAGUCUGUAUGAGGAAGAUUUUAAGCAAGACAUGGCAGCCUUGAAGGUCCUCCCACCCACCGUGUACGUGAGGGUAACUGAAAAUAUUCCUCGGAUCAUUUCUUUCAUUGAAGGAAUCAUUGCUCGAGGGCAUGCGUAUUCAACAGCAAAAGGCAAUGUCUACUUCGACCUGCAGUCUAGAGGAGACGAGUACGGCAGGCUGGUCGGCGUGGUCCCAGGUCCAGCUGGAGAGCCAGCUGAUUCUGACAAACGACAUGCCAGCGACUUUGCCCUGUGGAAGGCAGCCAAGCCUCGGGAGGUGUUUUGGGCCUCUCCCUGGGGAAACGGAAGGCCCGGCUGGCACAUCGAGUGCUCUGCCAUCGCAAGCAUGGUGUUCGGGAGCCAACUGGACAUCCACUCGGGUGGGAUAGAUUUAGCUUUUCCUCACCAUGAAAACGAGAUUGCGCAGUGUGAGGUCUUCCAUCAGUGCAGGCAGUGGGGAAAUUACUUCCUGCACGCUGGCCAUUUGCACGUGAAAGGCAAAGAAGAAAAAAUGUCCAAAUCAUUAAAAAACUACAUCACUAUUAAGGACUUCCUCAAGACGUUUUCCCCCGACGUCUUCCGGCUUUUCUGCAUGCAGAGCAGCUACCGGUCAGCCAUUGACUACAGUGACAGCUCCAUGCUCGAGGCCCAGCACCUCCUGCUGGGGCUCGCCUCCUUCGUCGAGGACGCCCGCGCCUACAUGAAGGGGCAGCUGGCCUGCGGCUGCGUCGCAGAGGCCGAGCUGUGGGAGAGACUCACCAACACCAAGGGGGCCGUGAGGGCAGCACUGGCCGAUGACUUUGACACACCUGGGGCGGUCCGUGCCAUCCUGGACCUCGUGCACCACGGGAACCGGCAGCUCAGGGUGGCUACCAAGGAACCUCAUGGUCCGAGAAGUCCAGCUGUAUUUGGUGCCAUCGUCUCCUACAUUGAAGAGUUUUUUGAGACCGUUGGAAUUUCUCCGACAAAUCGACAGUGUGUUGCAGGAGACAGCAGCACGGCCACGCUACACAGUGUGGUGGACGAGCUGGUGCGGUUCCGGCUGAAGGUCCGACAGUAUGCGCUGGCCACACCAGAGGCCACUGGGGAGGCCCGGCGGCAGCUGCUGCCCGAGAGGCAGCCCCUGCUGGAGGCAUGCGACACCCUGCGCCAGGACCUCGCUGCCCAUGGUGUCAGCAUUAAGGAUAGAAGCAGUACCAUAUCCACGUGGGAACUGCUGGAUCAAAGGACAAAAGACCCAAAGCUGGGGAGCUGAGGAUGGAGUAACGCCACAGACCCCCAGGCUCACGACACAGCUUCUGUGCUCUUCUAUGCUAAGAACUUUAUAUUAAAGUUUCCUAUUGUGGCUGUUCAGUCAACGUUAAAAUAAAGCAAACCAAUACUAU